AUGCUCAAUACAAACCCUGCCCCUCCCAUCUUUGAAUUUAACAAGAUAUUAGCUUCCCUUGUUAAGAUUCAACAUUUUCAAACUGCUAUUUCUCUUUUUCAACAAAUGCAACUUCGACGAAUUCGAACCGACAUUGUUAAUUUGAACAUCUUCAUUAACUGUUUCUGUCACCUUCAUCAACUCAAUUUUGCAUUUUCUGUAUUCGCCAACAUUCUCAAGCUAGGUUUUCACCCUGAUACCAUAACAAUUACUACACUCAUCAGAGGUCUCUGUGACAGUGGCAAGCUUCACAAAGCCCUUCACUUUCACGAUGACGUUAUAGCUAAUGGGUUUCAACUUGAUCAUGUUAGUUAUGGAACCUUGAUCGGCGGUUUAUGUAAAAUAGGAGAAACAAAAGCUGCUAUGCAGGUUUUGAAAAAGAUCGAAGAAGGUUUGUUGGUUAAGCUUGAUGUGCUAAUGUACAACACAGUCAUUGAUAGUUUGGGAAAGGAUAAUUUGUGA